AUGGCGGCGGCGGGGCCCUCGCGGACGCUGUUCCUCUGGGACGACGGCAGCCCCAUGCGCUUCUACGUGCGGCCCGGGCUGGCCAAGCUGCGCCUGGCGCCGCUGGUGCUGGCGGGCGGCGGGCGGCUGUGCCGCGUGCAGGAGCCGGGCGCCGUGCUCCUGGCGCAGCCCGGCGAGGCGGCGCCCGGCGGCGCCGUCUCCACCGAGUACGUGACGGAGUGCGUGCAGCGCAACCGGCGGCUGCCGCUGGAGCCCUACCGGCUGCCGCCCGCGCCGCCCGCGCCCCGCGCCGCCUCGCCGCGCGGCCGCCUGGCCUUCACGGAGGCGGAGGACGCGGCGCUGCUGCGGGCGGUGCGCGGGCGGCGCGGGGCGCGGGCGAGCGGCACGGCGCUCUGGAAGGAGCUGGAGCGCGGCGGCCUGACGCGGCACUCGUGGCAGGCCAUGCGCGACCGCUACCUGCGCCACCUGCGCCCGCGGCGCGGCGGGCCCGCGGCGGAGCCCCGGCAGACGGACGCGCCCGGCGAGCCCGCCCCAGAAAUGGGCAUUUUCGCGGCAGCUAAUCGGGAGUUCGAGAGCACCGAGUCGGGAAGCGAUGCCUCAGACAUUUCAGAAGAAUUUGCUUCAGAAGACGGAAAGUCCCCGGAAGAAACAGCGUCUACUUUGAAAACAGGACUGGAGGACUCCGCUCUCCCCGAUACUCAGUUACAAGGGGAGGAAAGACCAACAAGCACUUGCCCUUCUUCCAGCGUGGUGGGAGAAGUGGUAAAAACUAUACAGCACCUCAUGGAGAAGUUCAGCAUGGACCUGCUCACUGUUACACAGGCCUUUCUGAAAAACACUGGUGAAGUGGAAACUACCUUAAACUUCCUGCAGACAGGACAGCGCUUGGAUGGAUACCCUGUGUGGAGCAGAGAGGAUGAUUUAGAAUUGCAGAAAGAUGAUGAACAUGUCAGAAGUAAACUGAUAGCAAAAUUUGGAGCUGAAAAUGUUGCAAAAAGAAUAGCAUUUAGGAAGAGUUAGAUAGCAAAGUAGCAGAGAAGGACUGAUUUUAGGAUUGUGCCAAGAACUUUUAAAAGCAGAGUCAUUUUACAAGUACAAAUGUGAUGGAAAAUUUGAUUUAAUAUUCUGAAGUCUCACAAAUUCUUUAAAGUGAACAAGCCUGUAUUAUACUCUUUUUUUAAAGUACCUAUUUUGUAUUUGGGGUUGGGUGUUUUUUUUUUGUAAUACUGAGUAUACUGAAGACUUUAAAGUAAAAAAUGGUGAAUAGAGAAAGGUCCUAUUCAGUAUAAAGCAAACUUUCAAUGAUAGAACUUGAAAUUAUACAUCUGCUAUGUAAACCAGCUGCCAGUCCUACCUGUACAUUGCUGCACGGAAAGGAUAUUGCAUGGGGAGAGCACUAAAGUGUGACAAAACCACAUUCCGUGCUCUGACCUUUAACUGCAUUAGUACCUAAUAGCGGCCUGCUCUUUGUCACGUGUCUGUCACUUCAGAGUCCUGUGGCUGAUCAUCUAAUACCUUGCUCUGCCUAAUGAUUUGCCUGUUACCUUCUCAGGCCAGUAGGCAACCAUCUCAAUUUCUAUUUUAACAAGCAAGCGCCACGUGCCAAAGAGCCUCUGGGGGAGGGGAAAAAAGAACACCUAUUUUGGGGGGCAAUGUUACUGGGAUAUAAACAGGAUAGUUACAAGACACAGAAGUCCCUGCAUGUUGUAGUUGUAUGUAUCUUAAGUUCCUGUACGCAUCCCUCCCUUAUUACACUAAUUUCUACGGGAAAAGUUGUUUUACUCUCUGUAAAUUACUUAGCAUCACUUUUCACAGGAUAUGCCCUGUAGUUCUUUUUGAUUAAAAACAGGUAAGUGUCUUUAUAUUCCAAAUAAACAGACUCAUUCAUGAGAUGACACAG